UAGUCCUCUCAAGUGUGCAACACGUGUACCUCUUCAUUUUCUCUUUUUCCCGGUCGCCAACUUCAACAACGCCGAACAAUGAAACACACUUCAUCUCCCUUCAAAACAAAAGACCACCCAACAGUAGGAUAUGCAUCAACUAUAACAUACAGGAGAAUACCUUACAUUAUUUUCAAUGUUACAGCAAAUUAGCUUCCAACGACCGUCAACCGUCUUCUUUUGGAACCUCAUCUUUCUUCAGGAUGAUCCCGGAAGCGCCUCAUGGCAAGUAUCUGCGCCUGUCACUCCAGUCGCCCAGUCACCGGGAGGAGGCGGGGAGGAGGGAACGCCGGGAUUGCUUUACCUGGCCUCCGCAAAACCCGUGGACAAGUUCGACUCGUCCCGGGUCGGUGGAGAAAUCUCCGCAAAAGUUGACCCAAAGACAGCAGAAGUCGAGUUUGGGGUGGCGGGGCAGGAUGAGCGAGCCGCAGGGGGACUCAUUUAAAACCACGGGAUCCACGAUGCUGCAGCCUGUCAGUGAAUAUGUUGGAUUUCCUCUGGAUCAGGUGAACUUCUUGGCCUGCCAGCUGUUUGCUUUAGCUGCUGCCUUCUGGUUCCGUCUCUGGCUCGGUCCCGCCCGGGUGGGUCCCCUCGCCAGACACACGGUGGCCACGGUCCUCGGCGUCGCCUUUCUGAUCUUUUGCUUUGGAUGGUACUCGGCUCACAUCCUGACGGUGGUGGUCUCCAACUACUUGAUCAUGGUCCUGGCGGACGUCAACAAUGUUCACAGGAUCUCCAUGGUGACGACAAUGGGCUACCUGACCGCGUGCCAAGUCAGCCGAGUUUUCAUCUUCAGCUAUGGGAUUCUGUCCACGGACUUCUCCGGGCCGCUGAUGAUCGUGAGCCAGAAGAUCACCUCCCUGGCCUUCCAGCUGCACGACGGUUUGUGUAAGAGGGCAGAAGACCUGACCCCUGAGCAAAAGGUGCUCGCCAUCCGUGCCAGGCCAUCUCUGAUGGAGUACCUGAGCUACAACCUGAACUUCCUCAGCGUGCUGGUGGGCCCCUGCACCCACUACAAGGACUACGUGGACUUCAUGGAGGGCCGGCACGUCAGCAGCAGGCUGAAGAGGAGCGGCUGUAACGGGCACAGCGCUUCUGACAGCGUCCCAGAACCCUCCCCUCUGAGCGCGGUGAGUCGGAAGCUGCUGGUGUGCGCCGGCUGCAUGCUCUUCUUCCUCACCGUCACCCGCCAGCUGCCCAUCAAACACAACGCCGACCCGGACUUCGUCAACAGCGCCCCCUUCCUCACCAGGCUGACCUACGCCUUCUUCUCCAUUCAAGCUGCCAGACCCAAGUUCUACUUUGCCUGGACUCUGGCCGACGCCAUCAACAACGCCGCGGGCUACGGCUUCCUGGGCCUGGACUCGGCCGGACAGCCGUCCUGGGACCUCGCCAGUAACCUGAACAUCAUGGGAAUUGAGACGGCAACCAGCUUCAAAACCUUCAUCGACAACUGGAACAUCCGGACAGGAAUCUGGCUGAAAACGGUUUGUUACGAACGAGCCCCGAGGCACCGGCUGGCCCUGACCUUCGUCCUCUCCGCCCUUUGGCACGGCGUUUAUCCCGGGUAUUACUUCACCUUCAUCACGGCCAUCCCCAUCACCAUGGCAGCUCGCGCCGUGCGUAAGUCGGUGCGGCGUCACUUCCUGAGCUCCGCUGCAGUGAAACUGAUGUACGACGUGUUCACCUGGGCGGCGACGCAGCUGGCCAUCUGCUACACCGUCAUGCCGUUCCUGCUGCUGGCCGUGGAGCCCACUCUGGUCUACUACAGGUCCAUGUACUUCCACGUGCACAUCCUCAGCCUUCUGGCUGCCAUCGCUUUGCCUCUCAAACCCAGUGGCACCACCAAGCGGCAGCCGGCUCACGCCAACAAUAACCACCACUGAAGACACAGGGAUUUGCUUUUCACUCGGCUCUGAAGUCGACCACAGCGGAACCGUUGAUGAGCUUCACUGCGACGCCAUCGCUGGACGCUCGAGUGUGGAGACAGUAUGGGCUGCAGGAGGCGGGGGGUGAGCACUCAGUGCUGUGAGGACAUGACAACAACAACACACGGCGGAGUGAGACUGCGUUCAUGUGUCACUCCUGAUCGUCUGAGGUGACCUCUAGUUCCACCUUCCUCCUGUGACUGUCGACGCUGGACCUAUGGAAGGGUGAAUUUCAUGUUGGAAAUGUGAAACUCAGUCUGGCGUUGUGCUCGCCGAGGUCCCCUGCUGAGGGCCGACUGCAAGUGCCUCAGCUCUUCCACUCAGACGUGUAGCCAAGCUGCAGUCACUGGUGCAAACAACACUUCAGACUAUUUAUUUUCAUCACGUUCACUGGUCGUGUUCUGCGGUGAAGCGAAGCGGUUCAAUCAUAUUUAUUAAUCCUUUUUUAAAAACAUUCAACUCACUGUUUUAUUCGUAUUUAAACAUAUUCGAUUGAGCAGCUAUGUGACGCCUUUGGAAUGUUUGUUGAUACAAUGUGUAAACACGAGUGUGUAUUACUGAAGGGCUCUCUGACAUGAACCAGCUGGAGUACUGCCACCCAACAGAAAUAAAGCAUCGCGUCUCUGCA